AUGCGAAGUCAGCCUCUUUUAAGGUCCGCCAUGUCCAUCCAUAAGAAAUGUCUGGCUACAGGUAAACUCCCGGAAGCAAAACUUACAAGUUAUUCCAGACAGACCAUAUUUGCGAAGUGCCGAUGUUUUCCGGUUCAAAGUGCCCAUUGAUAAGAUAAAAUGGGAUGUCGAGUUUAAGGAGUACAAUCCACCGGAUUACACUGAUCCUGAACUCGAAGGAAAACCGUUUUCUGACGGACCAUUGAAAGCAACAAUAAAAUUUAAUCAAAUUGAUGGAGAUAUUGACCGUCGUUCCUAUACUGGGUAUGUAUGUCGAAAAACGACAAUCUGGUUUAAUUAUUGAUGAUUCUGUCGACUUCAGAAGGUACAACUUCGAUUCGGAAGGACGUCCUUUGAAUCCAAUAGGCCGAACAGGGCUAAAAGGACGCGGGAUUCUUGGAAGAUGGGGUCCAAAUCAUGCUGGAGAUCCCAUCGUCUCCAGAAUUAAAAAUGGGGCAUUACAAUUUGUUGGUAUCAGAAGAGCAGAUACUGGUGAGAACCUUGGGUCAUCAUUUGACACUGUUUUCAGGAGAAUGGGCAUUGCCUGGAGGCAUGGUGGAUCCAGGAGAGACGGUGACCGCAACGAUUAAGCGAGAAUUUACGGAAGAAGCCUUGGACAAUGUUGAGAAUAAAUCGUUAGAUGAGCUCUUUUCGAAAGGAAUCGAGGUCUACAAAGGUUAUGUAGAUGAUCAUAGGAACACGGACAAUGCCUGGAUGGAAACUGUGGUCAUGAACUUUCAUGAUGACAAGGAUGUUUUGAACAAUGUCAACUUUAAGGUCUGAGAAAGGACUAUUAAAUGAAAUUAAUUUAAUUAAACUUCAGGCAGGUUCAGACGCUGCUCAUGUCGAGUUUGUCACCGUCGAACCGAACCUUGAUCUGUACGCUUCUCACUUUUCUUUUGUCCAAAUGUUUGCCAAACUUCAUGGAUUCCAAAUUUAA